AUGGCAACCUCCUACCUCCUUCGUCUGAAACCCCGGGGUCUGCAUUUUAAUGGCAGAGGUAAAAGUUUCCAUUUCGGAAUAUUUUUGAAUUGUGCUAGCAAUUUUGUUGAACAGUUCAUUGGGGCAUGGUUUAAGGGAAUUCUAUCAAACGUAAAGCAAACGUUGCUAGAAAGGCCUUGGUUUCAGAAAUCCAUUUCCAGGGAAACAUCAGAUGCCAAAGUUGACACUGAAGCAUAUGAUGUUACCGCGACGGAGCAUGCAUCUGAUACAGUUGGAGGAAAUGCUUUCAAGGAGUCGGAUGUAAAUGCAAUUUCAGAGGUAUGUAAAAUGCACAGCAAUUCUGAUAAUGUUGCCCUUGGUGACGUUCAAACUAUAGUUCAGCCACCAGAAGCUGUAAGAGUUUCUGAUGGCAAUGAAUUGAGAACUUCAGUUACUGAUGUAACGGUAGAGAACUCUUUGAAAAUGAAUCAAUCAAGAAAGAUUUCGGAUAUGUUUGUGGAAAAGCUGAAAAAUGAUGUUGAGCGAUUUCAAGGGGUAAUAACUGCAACUUCUGUUCAAAGGCCAACUGCAAGCACUAAUUCUGGCAAAAACCGUACAUCAUCCAAAAGGUCUUUGAGAGUCAAGGAAUUGUUGAAUGUCAUGAUGAGAAAAAUGAAUGAUCCAACAGGAGGAGAAAUGGCAGGUAAUGUGCAGGAUACUCUAGAACCAACUGAAUCUUUGAAAGGGAAGAAAAUGGAGAAGAACAUUAAAACUAAUAGUUUACUUGAAGACAUGAAGGGGCUAUUUGGAGAAGAACAAACUAUUAAUGCUCAAGAGAGGACUAUCCUAGAUGCAACUGAUCAGCGUACCAUUGGAGGGUUCCUUAAAAAUGAUCAGAGCGCAGCUAACUUUCAGGACUCUGAUCACAGCAAAGGAGGCUUGUGUAACACUGUUCGGACCCCAGCUAACUUGCAUAAGUCUGAUGUUAAAAGAAGACAUACAUUAUUGAAACAAAUACUUGGAGAAGAACAGUCAAGUUCUCUUGCAGAAUCCAUAAGUGAGAAGGAGGAUAGCAGCUUGAAUUUGGCCAAUUCCAAUUAUGUAAAAUCAGGGUCGAACUCUAAUGGUUCGCAUCCGGUUAGCAGAGAAGAGGUUGAAAGCCAUUUACAAACUUGUUUUCUCGGCAAAGAAGGAUCCAAGGAUAACAAAGUACUUGUCCGGUUUUUGACCAAAAAUGUUGAGAAGCAAAAUAUACUUGAAGCUUUCAGUGAUUGCGGCCCCAUUGUGAACAUAGAGGAACUUUCCUCUCCUAAACAGAGCCCUUUCAAAGAUUUUUUGGUACAUUUUGAGACAAGUCAAGGUUCCGAAACUUCUCUUAAGAAAAAUGACCUCAAUAUUAUGGAAGCAGAAGCCCUUGUGGAGUCGAUUUCUUCAGAAGACUCGGGUAGUGCGAUUUCCAUUCCUGAUUUGAUUGGUGAUCCUGAGGCUACAAGUUCAUUAGUGAAGAAUCCUAUCAAAACAGUUAAAGUCAAACACCUGCCUGAGGAUAUAAGCUCACAGCAGCUGAAAGAAGCACUUGCCUUUUGUCAUUCUAACAUAUCCAACAUUUUCUUUGUUUCCACAAGUUCUGUCGUACGUGUGGAGUUUGAGACAGAAGAUGCCAAAGAGAGGGCACUUGCACAACGAUCCAUUCUUGUUUCGGAAAGGAAGCUAUCAAUCCUAAGGAUUGAUGCACCCAUGACAACAAUGGUGAGGAUAUCAAACAUUAACUUUAAUAGCAAAUUCCAGAAAAUAUGCAAUUCUUAUGCAAAAGUCAAGUGUACGAUGAAAAGAAUUACCGGGGUUGUGGAUGUGCAUUUCAAGCUUGCCGAAUGGCCUAACAUGCUGAAUAUUGUAAAUAGUUUGAAUGGACUUGAAGUGGAUGAGAACUGGUGGGUUGCGCUGCCAGCUCCCGUCUUUCCUCCUGUAAUUCUCAGAGCCCUUUGGUGUCGACCGGAAGGAAGGCAACAUGUGAAUGCCGUGAUCUACAAGUUAUCGAGAGAAGUUGAGAAACCCAUUUCUACAACCUAGUUGAGUCAGUCCACAAACCUUGCUACCAGGGGUGAGAAUUUUAAUUAGCGAACUUUAACUACUUAAUGUCUACUGGGUUUAAUCCAACAAAUGAAUCAGUAGAAAUGCAAUUAUUUUGGAAUAGAUUUUCUGGAAAGUCAUUUAAAAGAGGGAUUUCUAACAGAUGC